GGGGGUUCGUUAUCGCUGCUUCUUCCGCACUGCACAGACUCUCUCUCUCACUGGCAGUAUUCGCCAAAACUGAAAAGCAUCCAUCAGCUCCAUAACCAAUCGCUCUCUGCAGAAUUGGACAUGCAGUCUUCAAUUUCAUCCUAUCCAGCCAAUGUUGCCCGACCGAGCCACGCCUUGGAGCCCUCUUCUCUCGCUCCCGCCAAUUCCAUCAAGCCUCUGAACCUCCGGUUCUGUGGCCUCAGAAGGGAGGCUCUAGGGUUUUAUCAACUCAAACACCGCGUCAUCGUUCACAGCCGGAGACAAAUACCGAAGAAGCUAUUUGCUUCGUUGUCCAGAAAUGGAAGCGCUCCAACGUCGUUCGAUUACGAUCUUGUCAUUAUCGGAGCCGGGGUGGGCGGCCACGGUGCUGCUUUGCACGCCGUUGAGAAGGGGCUCAAAACUGCCAUCAUUGAAGGAGAUGUGAUGGGGGGAACAUGUGUAAACAGAGGUUGUGUUCCAUCAAAAGCUCUUCUUGCUGUAAGUGGUCGUAUGCGUGAACUUCAGAAUGAUCAUCACUUGAAGGCUUUAGGUUUGCAGGUUUCAGCUGCUAACUAUGACAGACAGGGAGUUGCUGAUCAUGCCAGUAAUCUUGCUUCAAAAAUUCGUAACAAUUUAACAAAUUCAUUAAAGGCACUUGGCGUGGACAUAUUGACAGGUUUUGGCACAAUACUGGGUCCUCAAAAAGUGAAAUAUGGAAAAGUUGGCUUCUCUGAUAAUGUGGUUACAGCAAAAGAUAUAAUUAUUGCUACUGGUUCUGUUCCUUUUGUCCCCAAAGGCAUCGAAAUUGAUGGGAAGACUGUAAUUACCAGUGAUCAUGCUCUUAAAUUGGAGUUCAUUCCUGAUUGGAUAGCUAUUGUAGGAAGUGGCUAUAUUGGGCUAGAAUUCAGUGAUGUUUAUACCGCACUUGGAAGUGAGGUUACUUUCAUUGAAGCUCUGGAUCAACUUAUGCCUGGAUUUGAUCCUGAGAUAGGAAAGUUGGCCCAAAGAGUCUUAAUAAAUCCUAGGAAAAUUGACUAUUACACUGGAGUGUUUGCAUCCAAGGUUACUCCAGCAAAGGAUGGGAAACCAGUCAUUGUUAAACUCAUUGAUGCCAAGACAAAACAACACAAAGACACAUUGGAGGUAGAUGCAGCCCUGAUCGCAACUGGAAGAGCUCCAUUUACAAAAGGCCUUGGACUGGAGAAUAUCAGUGUAGUAACAGAACGUGGUUUUGUUCCAGUUGAUGAGCGCAUGAGAGUUAUUGACAAAAAUGGGAAUCUGGUUCCCCAUCUAUAUUGCAUUGGUGAUGCAAAUGGGAAAAUGAUGCUUGCUCAUGCUGCAAGUGCACAAGGGAUUUCAGUUGUUGAGCAAGUCAGUGGAAAAGAUCACGUACUCAACCACUUGAGCAUUCCGGCAGCUUGUUUCACCCAUCCUGAAAUAAGCAUGGUUGGACUGACAGAGCCUCAAGCAAGGGAGAAAGCUGAAAAAGAAGGGUUUCAGAUAAAUGUUGCCAAGACAAGCUUUAAGGCUAACACAAAGGCCCUAGCAGAAAACGAAGGGGAGGGACUGGCUAAGUUAAUAUAUAGGCCAGACAAUGGGGAGAUACUUGGAGUUCAUAUCUUCGGGUUGCAUGCUGCAGACCUCAUCCACGAAGCAUCCAACGCCAUAGCACUGGGGACACGAAUCCAGGACAUCAAAUAUGCAGUCCAUGCUCACCCAACCUUGUCUGAAGUUCUGGAUGAACUCUUCAAAUCAGCUAAGGUAACCGCUCGCCCCGCUAGCAGGCUUAGUGAACCUGUUGCAGUUUAAAAGCCCCUCGGCAAUCAGGCGCAAAAUUUUUGGUGAGACUUCUCCUUAUGGGGAUUUGCAAGUUUUGUGUCCUUGGAAGGGAAACAGCAAAAUUCUGCUGCACUUUGCGAGGAAACAAAAUACUUGGAAAACUCGCUGUCCUCCGAAGAUCAUUUGCGCUUGUUGGUUUCCCAUAGAAUUACUAUGUCCAAACUUUCUGGAGCUCUGUUUGGAAGCUUUAUUACACAUACUAAAACUUUUUAACUCUUUCUUGAAGUGUUAAUUCUGUUAGAAGCAAUGAAUUUCAAUUAUAGUGAAGCUUUGAUUGUCA